GCUUCCAACUUCGAUCAGCCAUCUCCGUCCCACCUUGUCCCGCCAUGGAGGUACUGCCAUUUAGGAGCUUGGCGCCUGUGAACGAGGCUCAUACUGAGUUGGUCAGGGUCAAGGAGGUGAAGCGAGAGGAGCAGUUGAGACUCAUGUCCAAGAGAGCCUUCCAAGCUCAGCAGGCCUCAGCGGCGGAGUUCCGUCGCAGCAUGUCCGAAGGCUUACUGAAGCGUGCAGGGCAGCAGGCGACUGAGGUGAAGUUCCAAAACCCCAACACCUGGCGCUAUGCCAAACCCCAACGUCAGUUGAAACACCAGGUGCUGCAGGGCGAUGGCAGACCCAAGAUCUUGUCCCGGGUCUUCCUCAAUGGGGAAUGGACCUAUUGCGCUUGAGAGGCCCCAUGUAGCGCUCGAAACUGGGGCACCAAAAGCAGCAACACUUGGAAUAUUCGGAAUCCUUU